CUUCUCGUGCAAUCUCAACGACCCCACUCCAAGUUUCAUCUCCAAUGGCGUCCCCCUCGACACGCUCGAAACCCUAGAGAGAGAGAGAGAGACGCGAUCUCGGCCUCGAAGUUCACGCCAUUUCGGCCAUGGACAACAACGCCUACUCCCACUCCUCGUACCCGGACUCCGGCAACUCCUCGCCGCGCUCCCGCGACGUCGACCUCGAGAGCUCCUCCUGGGACGACCCCCUCCCCAACAGCUACAGGGUCCGCUUCAUGUGCAGCUACGGCGGCCAGAUCCAGCCGCGCUCCCACGACAACCAGCUCGCCUACGUGGGCGGCGACACCAAGAUCCUCGCCGUCGAUCGCGGCGUCAAGUUCUCCUCCUUCAUGUCCAAGCUUUCGUCGCUCUGCGGCGGCGGCGCCGCCGAGGCCUGCUUCAAGUACCAGCUCCCCGGCGAGGACCUCGACGCGCUGAUCUCUGUCACCAACGACGAGGAUUUGGAGCACAUGAUGUUGGAGUACGAUCGGCUGUGCCGCGCGUCUGCCAAGCCCGCCAGGUUGAGGGUCUUCCUGUUCCCGAUGACCAGUUCAGCUUCCGCGAGUUUCGCGGACAGCGAGGGUAAGUCGGGAAGCCAGUGGUUCGUGGACGCCCUGAAUUCGGUUCAGAUGCGGAGUCUGGAAGGUUCGUCGCCACCGGAAUCGACCGCAGGAGUGGCGGCGCUGAGUCCGGACCUCCUGUUCGGCUUGGAAAAAGGAUUCCCAGCGAGAAAGCUGCAGGAUCCGCCAGCGAUGGCUGCAACGGCGGCUCUCGAUAGGGAUGUUGCAGCCGGAUCAGAAUGCGGAUCGGAGGACCGGCACGUGAUCGGAGAACCGGUAAUUUCACAAGAAGAGAUUCACCGCCAGAUUGAGGAGCUGCGGAGGAUGCACAUAGCCGGACACGAGCAAGUUCAUCUGUUGCAUAGAAAAGUGGACGAUGCAAUUGUCAACCCUAGAGCCUCCGCCGGUGACUACUACGGACAGCGACCACCUGAGAAGGUAGCAUCGCCGGCUCCGGGGCCAGUGGCUGUUCCGGUUCAGAUGCAGAUUCCGGCAAGUUUCCCAUCGGAACACCACAUGACAAGCGGAGCUUAUCCAAUUGCGGGAGCCGGAAAUGAGCAGCAAGUUUAUUAUAUGCAGGCUCCGGCAGGCGGCUACAUGGGGGCACCACAGGUGAUGCGUCCGGUGACUGGACAACCUGGCCAGGCGGCAUACUACGGAGUGCAGCGGAUGAUGCCGGAUAUUUUCCGGGAGCAGCCGGUGUACAAUGCAGUGCCACAGGCACCAAUUCAGCAGCAGCCGCCAAAGUUCAUGGCUUAUAGCACAGAGGGAAUACAAGUGGUGCAGGCACAGCAAAAGGCCCCAGUAGCUGAGCCGGGUUUCCCUCCAGUGGUGUAUGACGGGUCGGGUCGUCAGGUUUACUACACAGCCAUGCCGGGAUCAAUGGCGCCACCCUAUCCAUAUCAAGCGGCAGUUGACGGGAGGCAGGGCGGCGACACUGGGGUGGCGAAUCAGGAUGGUAAGGUUGUGGGAAAGGGGGCUCAAUCUUCUUCGAUAUGAUUGAAGUUGUUGUCUAUAGUGGUGAAUUGAACAUGUGAACGCCUUUCAAUAUUGAUUCUAUCGUCUCUGUCCGAACGUGAGCUCAAUCUUUGAGCGUUCUCCUCUGCUAUCAUGUUCUUGUUCAGGAGUGAGUUUGGAGUGCAUUAACUUUCUCUUUCUCUUUU